AGAGCAUCACAUAAAUUGACAAUAGAACACAAGUCUCAAAAUGGAAGAAAAUAAUCCUUUGGAACCGACUCCAGUUACUCUACCGAAAAAGAGUCUUCGAAGUAAUGCAAGGGGUAGGCCGACAAGCGAGAAAUCUAUAAAGUUUACUCCACAGCCGAAAUCUAUAAUAUCGCGCUUAUUGAGACGAGUAAGGAAACAGAAAUGUGAUAAUAUUAACAAAAGAUGCCACUCGGGCAUUCACGUUUCUAACAUUAACUUAAGUACGGAAGAUGUUGUUAAUUCUAAAACCGAUUGGGUCCUGGAAGAACCCCAGUUAUCAAACACGUAUCAGAGUGUUCAAGGAACUUACGCUGUUGAUGUGGAUGAUAAUUGUGAUAUUUAUAAGAAUAGUUUAAAUGCCAAAGAACAAAACGAUGUUCAGGUUCAGAAUAAUACAACAACACUUUGGGAUAAGAAGUGUGAAGGACCAACGCCACUUGAAAUCACUUGUUAUGUAUGCUCACAUAGAAGCAGCAGCCAACAAGCACACAGAAAGCAUUUAAGUAUUCACAGAAAUCAGCCCUACGCCUGCAACUUUCCCGAUUGCAAGUAUACCUGCAAGUUGUCCUGUAAUCUCAUCAAGCACAAAAGGAUACACACAUCGGAUAAACCAUUUCUUUGUGAUCAGUGCACAUUCAGAUCAAACUUUGCCAAUUCACUGAAAGUGCACAAAAGAAUUCACACAUCAGAAAGACCAUACGGCUGCCAGCUCUGUAGCUACAGGUGCAACAGCAGCUCUAAUCUAAAGAAGCACUGUCGCCACAGACAUCGCAACAUUUCUUUGUGAUCAGUGCACAUUCAGAUCAAACUUUGCCAAUUCACUGAAAGUGCACAAAAGAAUUCACACAUCAGAAAGACCAUACGGCUGCCAGCUCUGUAGCUACAGUUGCAACAGCAGCUCUAAUCUCAAGAAGCACUGUCGCCACAGACAUCGCAACAUUUCUUUGUGAUCAGUGCACAUUCAGAUCAAACUUUGCCAAUUCACUGAAACUGAACAAAAGAAUUCACACAUCAGAAAGACCAUACGGCUGAGAACUCUGUAGAGUCUGUAGCUACAGGUGCAACAGCAGCUCUAGUCUCAAGAAGCACUGUCGCCACAGACAUCGCAACAUUUCUUAGGAGAAUCAUUUAGUCAACUGUGGUAUGCAAAGUGAAAUCUGAGAUAUGAUCAAUAAUAAUAAGACACAAUCACUAACUGUAAAAGAAACUAAAUGAAGUUGGAGUGAAAGUUCCUAGUCUUGAUAUUGAUAAUUAUUUCUUGAAUUCUAAACACUAAGGGCCAGUUGCACCAAC